CCUCAGUCAUUAAUGGCACUCGGUGAAUUUUUGUAAGACUCGGUGGCAUUUGGUGAAUUUGGAAAAGACUCAUAACAUUCGGUGAAUUUCGCAAUUGCUUACUGGCAUUUGGUGAAAUAGCCGUAUUUUAAAUUUAGUUUGUUAAAGUAAAGAGUUUCGAAACGCCUAAAAACCCAAAUCAUUUCCUUUCUCUUCUACCCUCCUUCCCCUUCUGCACUUUCUCUCUCCUCUGCACUUUCCGACGAACCCAAAUUUCGCGACGAUGAUCAGCGUCGAAGAAUCGAAAGCGUUGUUUGCGCUUCUGAAUUCAGAACAAAGGUCUUUCGAUGAAGUUAUGGCGGAUUUCACCUCGAAAUUCCCUUCAUUUCUCCAUUUCAGGAUAUGCACUGCUCUCGCCACACUUAUCGAGGACAAACCCAUGCUUUUUUCGAGUCAACGUCUAUACGCAAUCUGUAUGCUCUAUCAGGCAUAUUCUUCUCAGCAACCUUCAGAAAAUCCGUUCAUUUCCCUUUUGGUCAAUAUUGCAUCUGAUGAAGAAGGUGCCAAAUAUGAGAGGGCACUGAUUCUCCACUUGUUGGGAUCAGCUGGCAACGAGAUUAACAAGGAGGUUCUCAAACAGUCCGCUUCAGACUAUAUUAAAGGCUUUGAUCCUUCAUCUAUUACUUUCCCAGCUCGUGAACAGCUGCAAGAGCAAUUUUGCAAUAAAGUUCUUCCAGAGCCUUAUAACUGCCUAUUUAAGAAUGCUUCUGUCAAAAAUGUGAUUCCAGAUCCGGAUGUGCCACCUCAAUGUGAUGUGACUUCAGAAGAAUUUGACCUCCAACCUGGAGCCAAACCCAAAAUAGGAUCUGGUAAUAGAGAUGAAACAAUAACAGGGCUAUUACAAAAUCUAUCUCUAGAGGGGCUAGAACCUAAGUGGAUGAGGCCUCUUCCACCGAGGUUUCCUCUUCAAGAUGGGGAGCUGGUUUGGCUCAACCCUGACAAUAAUCAUGAGCUUUUAUGGGAUUAUGGCAUGUGUGCGGAUACAAGUAGAGGAGCAGCUGUGAGAGAUUUGAUUGCAAAGGCUUUGAAAGGUCCACUUGCUCCUGCGCAACAAGAGCAAGUUCUGGUGGAAUUGGCAAAUGAUCCUAAGCUGGUCUAUCACUGUGGAUUGACUCCAAGAAAGCUUCCUGAAUUGGUGGAAAACAAUCCCCUCAUAGCAGUUGAAGUUCUUAUCAAACUGAUGAAUUCACCAGAAAUUUCAGACUAUUUCACAGUUCUUGUCAACAUGGAUAUGAGUCUACAUUCUAUGGAAGUUGUAAACAGGCUUACAACAGCAGUGGACCUUCCUACUGAAUUUGUGCAUAUGUACAUAACAAAUUGCAUAUCCUCUUGUGAAAACAUCAAGGACAAAUAUAUGCAGAACAGACUUGUCAGACUUGUAUGCGUCUUCUUACAGAGCUUAAUACGUAAUAAGAUUAUCAAUGUUCAAGAUCUCUUUAUCGAAGUUCAGGCCUUCUGUAUUGAGUUCUCCCGGAUAAGAGAAGCUGCUGGUUUGUUCAGGUUACUCAAAACCUUAGAGUGAUCUACGGAAGGUUAAGUGAAGUUAUUUCAUUGCACUUUAUAAUCUUGACCGUCAAUCCGAAUUUUGUUUGAUCAUUCUUGUAUAUACUGACAUUACCCCUCAUAGAGGUUCUUUGGUCGUUGUAUCCUUAUUCCGAUAGGCACAGGAUUCUUGUUGUAAAGAGUUUAGAGCAGGGACUGUUGUAUUUCAAGCUUAUCUUUAGUUAUAUUGGAGAAAAUGGCAAUGCCAAAUCAUAUUUUUUUGGCCUGCCAUUGUUCCUAGGCGAGGUUUGGAAUGACAUCAUUGCAGUUAAGAUCUCAAAGAUUCGAUUUUCCACUGUUUGUCCAUUGCCCCAUCUUGCGGACUUUAGUCUAAAUUUUGGGAUUUUAAUAUUGACAUAAUCCCCUCCAAUAAAGCCUCGGAUACUUUCUUCUCUUCAAAGGAUUGGCUUGUUUAAGCAUAAUGCAUCGUGGUCGUUUGAUCAAAUGUAAUGCAUUGUGGCCGUUUGAUUAAAUGUAAUGCAUUGUGGUUGUUUGAUUAAAUGUAUUGUGGUCGUUUGAUUA